AUGAAGAGAAGAGUAGAUUAUAUUUUAGAAAAAGUCAAUUUCAACAGUAAAAACCAGGCACAUGCUAAUAAUAAUACGGAAAUAUCACAAAAUUACCAAGAUAACUGUGUUCGUAUGACUGACACAAACAAAGAAAAUAAUAUUCUGCCAUUUAAUUCAUCUUGUGAGGAGUAUCCAGAUAAAUUAUCAUUCAACCAGAUGGACCAAAUUGUUGCAGAGGUCAUCCCCGAAACAAAUAAUAAAUCGUUAACGGAUAGUCCUUCCGUAAUAGAAAACUCUCCAAACCGAUCCAUUCCAUGCUUUGACCCAAAGGUGCUUUGUGUAGCUGACACCAACAAGCUACAAACGAAAACGCAAAUCCAGGAAUUUACUAUAGUUUUAGAACCAGAGUUGAACAAUUCUGAACAGUCACAUGUACCUACUAAUGAAAAAGAAUACCCACCGUCAAAAAAGUCAUAUCGUGAUUCGUCAACAUCAUCUGACAGUACUACUUCUUCUUCGAGUAGAUCUUCAUCAUCAUCGUCGUCGUCUUCUGAUGCUCACACCAAUUUUGACAAAAAUACAUCAAAUACCCAUUUAUCCAUAGAUGGGCCUUCCACAUCCAACUUGACGGGUCAAGUUACACGCAAAAAUACAAAGAAUUACCAUCAGUCACCCAUUCAUUCAAAUGAAAGUGAUGUAGACUUAAGUGACACAGACCCAACUUAUACUCUUAAUAGCUCUCGGUCUAGAAGAACUACUCGUUUAUCCAGCAGCAGUUGUCGUCUUCAGCCAACAUUACCCUCGAAUUGA